AUCUACAGAGACAUCAUGAGAGCCACUGCAGCCGUCCUAUUGGUCCUCUGUCUCCUGGUCAUCAGUCAUGCAUGGGACUGUCAGACUGUAGUGUAUAUCAAGAAUCUGAUGCAGAUCGAUGCAGGACUGAGGCAAGUGGUUGCAACAGACACAAGUCAAAUCCCCUACUACCUGGUAGGUGAUAAAUGGAUCUCCCUGCUUGGUUCCCUGAAGAAUAUCACUGUAGGACCAGCAGGGCUGUGGAGUGUCAACAAGGCAGACUCAAUCUACAAGUAUGUGGCCGAUAACUGGGUGCAAGCUGCAGGCAGUCUGAAGCAAGUGGAUGCUGGAGGUAACCAGUUUGUUGUGGGGGCUAACAUAAACGAUACUCCAUACUGUCUGACAAGUAGUGCCACAGUUGGCUACAAGGGUCCAGGCUCACCCCUUCGAUGGACAGGAUUGCCAGGAGCUGUGAAGUACUACAGUUGUGGACCCUUUGGGUGCUGGGCAGUCAACAAGAAUGAUGAUAUCUACUUAAUGAGUCUGAAUCAAGACUGCCAAAACAAGGGGUGGAGUCACAUUGAUGGCAAGCUUUCCAUGAUUGAGGUGGCAACUGAUGGUAGUGUCUUUGGGGUCAACUCUGCGGGUAGUGUUUAUACCAGAGACAGCAUCACAGCCAGUAAACCAGAGGGCACUGGAUGGAGCAAUAUCCCAAUGCGCAUGAUAAUGAAGCGUGUGACCUAUGACCUGGGCCGUCUUUGGGUCUUCUCCAAUUCUGGCUUCACCAUGGUGUGCACACAUUAGCCUCUCCUCUGCAUC